GCUUGGUCGGGUUGUUUCAUGUUGCGCAGGUUGGGGAGAUCGGGCAUAUCACUGCUGACUAGUUGGGGAUGGACUCUCCAACCGAAGUGGCCCGGCUGAAGAAGAAGAACGAGGAGCUGGCCCUCAUCCUGAAGAGCCAGACGGAUGAGUUGGCCAAGAUGUCAAAGAUGGCCGGGUCCUUAAAGGUGGAGAACACCCGGCUGAAGGAGGAGAAUGACCAGCUGCUGGAAGAGGUCUCCGAGGCCAAGAGGGAGAUGGCGGAGAAGGAAGAAAACUUCCCCGGGCGCGCAGCUGCCUGGGUGGAAGAGAACAAAGCCGACGCUGCCCGGGUGAUGACGGCGAUGCCAGAGGCCACCAUGGAGUCCUUCAGGUUCUUGUACCGAGAACCUAAAAGGAGGAAGAUGAUUACCGUGAUUGGGUCCUUCGGAUUCAAGAGCGGUCAGAAGAAAGACCAGGCUGCCUCUUAUAGGAUCCUGAAGAAAAGGGAUCCAGACUUCACCGCGGCUUCCUAUGGUCUGGCCCCCAUUCCAGAGGAAGAGCCUACUCCCCCCUUCCCCCUAAAUUAGGAUCUCCCCGGCUCCGACUGGUUGUUUUGUAACCUUGAAACUUUCUCAAUUUCCCCGGGUAUGCCCGGUGUAUCUGUAAACAUUUAACAUUCUCAUUUCGUUUGAAUGCCAUGUUUAUUUGUCCACCCGGUCUUUGUUUCUCCUUUGAAUGCUUUUUAUUUGAUAUCUACUUCUUUGAAUGCUUUUCUGCUCCUUUAACUUCUGCCGGUAGAACUUCAAUGUU